UUUCGGGUUGGCUGAUUCUGCAAGGUGCGGAUGUAGGAAGUGCAGCCAUGCGAGCCUCGUGGGUGUUGCAGUGCCUUUGCUUCACCUUCGCGCUGGCGUCGCCACACUUCUGGCCCCGCUACGGUGGCCGCCGGGAGGUGGCGGUGCUGGAUGGUGAGUGGCUUUUCGGUUUCAAUGACUCCAAAGGGUUCGACGUGCUGGCGCCAUUCAACACGCAGGCGCCUGGCUUGACGCCCCAGGGUGUGCAAGUGCCUUCCAGCGUGGACGCUGCUGGCCCGGGUAUUCUGGGCAGACGCGGAGUGGCCAUGUACCGCACUCACUUCCAGCAGAAGGGCCACGCGCGCUUGCAAUUCAUGGGUUGCUCCUUCUACUGCCGGGUUUUUGUGGAUGGCAAGGAAGUGGGUGAGCACCGUGCAGGCGGCUAUGUGCCGUGGUGGUUGGAUUUGGAGCCUGCAUCUGCGACACGAGAGUUAUUCGUUCUUGCUGACAAUCGCUUCAACAAGACCACGGCACCCCUUCACACUGGUGGUGACUUUUGGCACUAUGGUGGCUUGGUGCGGAGUGUGCUGCUGCAUGACUUGCCCGACAGCCCACAGGAACCGUGGGUCUGGCGAGCGCAUGUGCUCCCCAGAGAAGAGAUGGGGAUUGUGGAUGUCAACGUGAUCUUGACCUCUGCCUUCUCUGGUAACAUCACCGGUACGAUUGUAUUUGAUGGGUUCGUGCCCUGGCAGUCACGUGUGACAAGCUGGGCCUUGGAAGAACGCUUGUGCUCCUGGUCAGUCAAAGUGACCACCUUCGCAGCAGAGGCUAAGGCAGGCAAAUUUCGCCUGACUGCGCUGAAGGUGCCAUUUGCACGUCCUUGGUCGCUUCAGACGCCACACCUGCACACUCUCACUGUGAGGACCUUCGGCGCUUCCGUCACGGAACGCUUUGGCCUUCGCACCUGGGGCGUGAAGGAUGGCCGUGUCACGCUCAACGGGGAGGUGGUGAAGCUACAUGGCUGGAACCACCACACACAGUGGGUGGACACAGGUGCAUCGCCCACGGAUGAGCAGCUGAGCGUGGACAUGGCGUUGCUCCGCGAGGGCAACGCCAACUUUGUCCGUGGUGCGCACUACCCGCAGGACCAGCGGUGGCUGGACCGCCUGGACACUGCCGGCUUUGCCAUGUGGGAGGAGACGCUGGGCCCUGGGGUCACCGUGAAAGACCUGCAGGACUCAGAGCACUUCAUGAAGUACCAGUUGCAACAGCUUGAGGAAAUGCUGGAGGCGAGCAUGAACCAUCCAUCUAUCAUGGUGUGGGCAUGGUUCAAUGAAGGCCCUUCAGAUCAAGAGGCGGCCUGCCCAGCCUAUGCGGCUUGUGCGCAGCUCGCCGCAAGUCGGGACUCUACUCGCUUUCUUUCCUGGGCGUCGAACAAGAAAGACAAGGACAAGUGCCUGGAUCACGCCACGGCCAUCAGCUUCAAUAGCUACCCAGCUUGGUAUUCCAAGCCGGGUGACCUGCAUGCGCCCGGCGUGGAGUGGAACAAGAGCGCGGCGUGGGCGCGUGCCCAACAGCCACAGAAGCCUUUCUUCGUCAGCGAGACGGGCGCGGGUGGCAUCUUUGAGUGGAAGAAUAAGACUGACGUGUUUUGGAGCCUGAAGUAUCAGCAAGAGGUCAUCGAUGCUGACGUGGAUACAGCCCUUGCAGACGACAAUGUCUCUGGCAUCGUCCUGUGGCACUUCUUUGAUUUUAAAGGCAAUGAUGAUGCGCAGGCAUGUGGCCCUUGCAAGUAUCUGCCGGACGUGAUGCCGCCCACGUGCGGUUGGUACAACAUGACAGGGGAAUGUGAGAAGCGCCCGGGCGGUCUGAACCACAAGGGCGUCGUGGACGCCUGGCGACGCAAGAAGCCCUCCUUUGAGUCUGUGAGGGUAAAGUAUGGCCGCCAGCUGCCGGCAGCACAGAUGGUUGUGGUUUGAUCCGCGUGGUUCGGCAUUCAGAGUGAC